CGGGCAGUUUCACUUCUGAAGCGCGAGCAGGAGGCGAGGUUCCCCCCGGGGUGCGUGGGGCCAGGCGGGCUCCGCGCUUCCGUACGAGCCGCCGCCUGAGAAGCCGCUGGGCUGGCGGACAGCUGCGCGCCCUCCCGCGGCCACAGAGCCGGGAGCAUGACGAGCCCCGCAGAAAAUGCAAAGGACAUUCUCGUGAUUUAUGAAGAAGAGGCAGAAGAAUGGGCUCUGUAUUUAAAAUCUCUUUUCAAACACAUAGUAAAGGAAGAAGGAAUCUUACUUUACAACUUAGAAGUUUCAUCUCUGGAACAUAUUGAAUUGUGCUGUUUAUCCUGUUAUAAAUGCAAACUGCUGAUAUUAUCCAAUGGACUUCUAAAAUGUCUCAAUCAGACAAAAAGGCAUUUCCUAGACCAGGUUCUUGAACCACCAGAUAAGGUUGUGAUUCUGCUUUGUGGGGUGUACAAUUCAGACAUUCUCUAUGAAAUACUGACGUUAGACAAAAGUACCUGGGAGAUCUCUACUGAUCAAGAUCCUGAGGAAUACCUCUCCAUUAUGACCAAUAUUAUUCAACAAGGUGAACCACAGAACGAAGAAUUAGAAGAGUUGCUGUCUUAUACCUAUGCAGAAGUUCUUUCAAAUGAUUAUCAAGAUAACUCUCAUCGUAACACUUUGGAUGCAGUAGCAUUAGAACAAACAAAUGUAAAUUUGGAAACUGAUGUGGCUUCUGAAACAUUGGAAAUUAACAGACCAUUAAUACUGGUGUUACCAACAAGAAUACCAUGUGAGAACCCUGGUGAAAUAUUCAUUCUAUUGAGAGAUGAAAUAGCUGAUGAGACUGUAGAAAUUGAAUUCAUAACAGACAACAAACGAAUCAGAAUACAACCAGACCUAUGGAAUGAGAAGGUCAGGUACAUGAAAGCUCUAGAUUUUCCUGCUGGCCUUGUAAAUGUAAAUGUCUACUGUGAGGGAGUCAUUAAGGCUGUGAUGCAGAUUGAAUACUACACAGCAAUAGGGGAGAUUGAAUGCAUACUUAAGAAAGUGGCUGACCCAAUAGCUUUUGCUUGUCAGGCUUUCAAGUUUUCUUCCAUAGAAAAGCUUGACAAUAUUCUGACCUUCCUACUGAAAAGCGAGGUGUCUGCUUAUGAAUGCAAUGUUUUCCAGAGUGAAGAUAUGCACCAUGAACAAGCUAAUUUAAACUUGGAAGAACUUCCUACUCUUCUCCACUGUGCAGCUAAAUUUGGAUUAAAGAACCUUACUAGUUUUCUGCUUCAGUGCCCCAAGGCAACUGAGGUUUGCAGAACAACCAACAAAUAUGGAGAAAACCCAGCAUGUAUUGCUAGAAAGCAUGGUCACAGUGAACUUCAAAAACUCAUCCAAGAAUUCUCAAUUAAUGCAACAGAUGGUGAAAAUAGUGAUCAAGAAGAAGAGGCAGAGGAAGAUGACACUUAUGUGGUCAUGCUCCCUUCAGAUUCUCCAUUUACCUCUUCAUUAACAGCUGGGAAGCACCCAGAAGAUCAGCAUGAAAUUGGUCUGAAACAUUGGGAAGAAGCUGAUGAGAAGGAGGAAGACAGCGAGAGAGGUCAAGAAAACUUAAGAGACAAAAAAGAGAGAGAUCCUGAAAAAAACAAACUAGAGGAAGCAACAUGCAAGUCUGAUGACAUCACUGACAGUUUAUAUGCCUGCAUAUGUGAUGAUGAUGAUGAUGAUGAUGAUGGUGAACAUGAAGUGGGCAGAAGAGACUUCUUUCUCUUUGACAGGCCACCCCUACCUCCUCGAGAGCCUGCUGCUACUCAAAUAUAUACUGAUCUUCACUCCUUUAUACCAGUCAGUAAACUGGUGGAAGACAGAAAGGAAAGGGAACACACCAGUGAACAUCUAGAAGCAUACGAUGGAGAAGAACAAGAUAUAGCUGUGGAAGUACAGAGGGAAGAGGAUGAGGAGGAUCCAUACACUUUUGCCACGUUGGAGGAUGGUGUGUACGACAUGAUACUAGCUGCUUCUGAUGAGGAGAGAAGAAAGGAACGCAGAUCGUUUAUCAUGAACAGGCCACCAGCACCUGCCCCUCGUCCCUUGUCUUCCCCAGUCAAAGAGGAGAACACUCCAUACAUAGUACAAGUUUUUCAGCAAAAGGCCACCAGGAGUCAUGGUGAUAACGAGAAGAUGUACUCUGCUGUCAGGAAGCAAGACAGAGGUCAAACUGAUUCUCCCACUUACACCACAUUGAGACACUGCAUCCCCUCUGGGCAGGAAGAACUGAUCCUUCUGCAAGAACGAGUGAAGCAAGGGACUAUUUCUGUGGAUGAAGCACUUGAGAAAUUUAAACAAUGGAAGAAUGAAAAAAGCAGUUCAAAUAUCCCUCAGCAGGAAAAAGUACGCCAGCUCCGAGACUCCAUUAUCGGAAAAAGAGUAGAAAAGGAAAAUCUGUACGAUAAGAUCACCAUUGAACAUCACCCACAUGUCUCCAAAUAGAACCCCAACAGAAAAGGGACAGAUGCCUAAUUAAUCAAGCUCAGUUCUUUAUUUGCUUGCCUAAGGACAUUCCACAUGUCUCCAAUCUACAUCCCGACUGAAGUUUGAUACACAGCACGCAUCUAAGAAAGCAGCUAUGCUGUCAUGACCACAAUUUCAACAUCUUCAUCCUGAAAAAGUCCAGCAUCCCUAAAGCUAGCAUUAAUAAAGUUUCUCAUCAAGUCAGUGCUAGAUUUUACACUCUUCUCCUUGCUUUUUAUCUCAGUUGAUCUUCUAAAUGAGUGAUUAAGAAAAAAUAAAGAUGCAGCAUACCUUGUUUUGUUUAAGACUUUACCAUUAGUGUAAAUAUUCUACAUAACUGCUAGAGAUGUAAUGUUAACAAAGCUGAAUGUGAAGUUAUAAAACUGAUGAUUCAGGUUUUAUUUUCCAUUUAAAACCAUUUUUACA